AUGGUGGCAGUAACGCAAAGAUCAAACACUAUAAUCCCACCAAAGAUGCGCGACCCAGGAAGCUUCAUGUUACCCUACUUAAUUGGAGAGCUUUACAUCGGUCAAGCACUAUGCGAUCUUGGGGUGAGUAUAAAUUUAAUGCCACUUUCAAUGUUCAAACAAUUGAAUGUGGGAAAACUGAUGCCCACGACGAAGACUCUCCAGCUUUCAGACAGAUCCCUAGUACAUUCUAAGGAAGAGUUAAAGAAUGCCUUGGUCUCAAUUGAUAAAUUCAUUUUACUGACAGACUUCAUCAUUCUGGAUCAUGAAGCGGAUGAAGAUACGCCCAUCAUAUUGGGAUGA